CUCGAGAGAGACUUCAGCUGCACGAUGAUUGUUGUGGUUUGCCACAGACAGGUUGACCUUGCUUGGUGCCUGAGAAGACUCGUCUUAACAGUUUCUCAGGGGAGGACAGACAAAAUUCCACGACAGUUGGAAAACGGGAUUUUACUGAAGUUCUCGAACAUUCACUUGUUUUCAGUGAUAUGGAGCUGUAGUAACACAAAGAGGCCGCACGAUGGCGCUGUUGGGCAGAUAGGUCGUGUUACCUGUGGGCAUUGUCGUGUAUCCUCCACUCCAUGAGCAUGCUUUUAUUUUGUAACUGUUGUGUUUUUCUCGAUAGAGCCCAACUGAAAUCAUAUACAUAAUACAUUUUAUGAGAUUAUAUGGCAAAUGUUUCUGUUUUAGAUAUUAAAAUCAUAUUGACGCAAUUGGGUAAAUUAAAAUCGCCCACAUAGAAUUUCGGUUGCUGGGCAACAGGACAGACGCCUUUGCCGUCCCGGAAGUGCGUGGCUCUGAGGAAAAUAAUGGCGCAGCGAGCGGUGCGUGAACCAGCGGUGUUCAUCGUCUCGACCGCGUCUUUCGCCGCCUUCUGUGUGUCCGCUCUCGUGGCCUUUGCAGCGCUGGAGACGGUGAACGCGGACGAUGUGUUCGGUGCGAGCCACACGGCCACUCUGCCCGUCGCUGCCGCAAGGGAUCUGCGGUACUUGCUGUAUGACGUGAACCCGCCAGAGGGUUUCAACCUGCGGAGAGAUGUGUACAUCCGCAUAGCCUCCCUCGUGAAGACCCUGAGGAAGGAGGGGGACGACUGGGUGUUGGUGCUUCCUCCGUGGGGUCGCCUCUACCACUGGCAGAGCCCCAACAUCCACCAGGUCCUCAUCCCCUGGGCAGAGUUCUUCAGCCUCACCAGCCUGCAGGCCAACGUGCCUGUCAUUGAGUACGAGGAGUUUAUCGCCGAGAAUGGCGGCCCAUUCAUAGACCGGGUUUUAGUACUGCAAAACUACGCCGAGGGAUGGACUGAUGGGAAAUGGGAGGAAAAAGUUGAUGAGCGGCCGUGCAUUGAGAAGUUGAUGUACUCCAAAGACAAACAGGGCUACUACAGGGGCUGGUUUUGGGGCUACGAGGAAACACGUGCCCGGAAUGUGACAUGCGUGUCAGCCCAAGGUCAUGCCUCCAUUAUGGCUCCAGUUCUUCAGACAAACAUCACAGCGACAUCGGUAAUGCUUGACCGAGCUGAGACACUCCUUCAUGAUCACUAUGCUGGGAAAGAUUACUGGGAUACCCGCCGCAGCAUGGUUUUUGCCAAGCACCUCAGAGUCAUCGGAGACGACUUCAGAGCAAAGUACCUGAACUCUACAGACGACAGAGACCGCACCGUUUACAGUGAGGAUUGGACUCGCAUGAGAGCCAAGCCUGGUUCAGCUAAUGGUGGUCCAUAUCUGGGGGUUCACCUGCGCAGGAAGGACUUCAUCUGGGGUCACAGAGAGGAUGUCCCGAGCCUCAAGGGGGCCGUCAAAAAAAUGCGCAGCUUGAUGAAGAAGCACAAACUUGAAAAAGUGUUUGUCGCGACUGACGCAGAUGAAGAAGAAUUGAAGGAGUUGAAAAAGUUGUUGCCUGACAUGGUGCGGUUUGAGCCACCCACAGCAGACCUGGAGCUCCUCAAAGAUGGAGGAGUGGCCAUCAUUGACCAGUGGAUAUGUGCUCAUGCGAGAUUCUUCGUAGGAACAUCCGUGUCCACCUUCUCCUUCAGGAUCCACGAAGAGAGGGAGAUCCUGGGCUUUGACCCCAAAACUACAUACAAUCGUUUCUGCGGGGACACUGAGAAAGAAUGUGAACAGCCCACACACUGGAAAAUUGUUUAUUAAUGUCACCUCUGACUUUACUGACACACAAGUGCCAAAAAGCAGUAUUAAACCUGACGUUUUAUUUCUAUUGAUUAGGAGGAUAUUUUUUGUUUUGUUUUUAUGGUUUCAGAGUUGUGCAAUCAGGUCUGUAGUGACCACUAAGACUGAACCUAAUGCUCAAAUGGCCAAGACUGGUCUGCCAAGCAUGCAUUACUGUGAUGUCCAACAAUUAAAUCCUCAUAUAUUUUUCAGGCUGUAUGUGGCCUCUUCAUCACACCCUGGUGUUUCACAUAACGUCUAGUAUUUAUUACCAACAGCAGCCCAAAGGUGGAAGCCAUACAAAUGCAUUUUUUUGCCUUUGCACCAGCUCAAAACAAAAAAGGGGAUUCUGCUCAAACGAACAAUGCCACAUAGCACCGCUAGUGGUCGAGAACUCCACAGGGUACCUUUAAAACAGGAGAGCAGACUGAAACUAAUGAUUGUCAGCUCAGGAUUUGUUGAAAGGAAUUGCAUUUGCCAUCCACUGUCACUGUAUUUCGGUGUUAGUGUGGGAUAACUCUCCUCCCUGAUUUCAUGUUUUAAUGCAGCACCAGUGUUAACAUUUGUCACAUGUGAUUUCAUUACAAUAUUAACUGAAGUUGAAAAAGAAGGAAAUGUGACUGAAAAAAACAUGUAUUUGAAUAUUUGUGAUGCUUAAUUCUCUCCACCAUACUCUUAACUACAGCCUGUACUGUAUAUCUGGCAUGUUAAUAUAGUGCCAUGUUAAUGAUGCUGCCAGUAAUACAAGUUGAAAUGUGUGUCCUUUCAACACUAGCCAGAAAUGAAGCUAUUAUCUUACAACACACCCUUUCUUUUUCCAUUCCUGAGGAGGCAUCUGAUUUGAUCAGGAACCAUCUGGUCUGAGUAUCAUAUAACUUGGGCUCCAUGGGCAAAAGUUGAAAUUUGUCUCAGUGCUGGUGAUUGCAACACUGAGACAUAUUUCUCUCUCUCACGUUUGUACCAGGAUGGAAAACCGGUGUGACUGCCUUGAUGAUGGAAUUUAUUAUUUGCUGUUAAACACUAUAAUUGUGUUGCAUGUCACCAAUGCCUUUUGUGUGAACCAAUCCAGAGGUAUGCUACUCUACAGUGAUUUUCCUUUGUGUCUGGUAAUGGAAAAAAUCUUACAUGUAAUACCCAUGGCUCAUGCUCAGACAGGAAGUUCAUGCUUCACAAGGAAAACUGUCACGUCAUUCAGCGUUGUCUUCCUCAGCAGUUAUAUUAGUGUGUGUGUGUUUAUAAGAGUGAGGGGAAAUUUGGGUGAUUGGUUUCUGUCUGAAAUCUUGACCUCUCGCCAAACUUCAAAUUAUACAUUUUUUUUUGUUGUGUUAUCAUUUUUCUGUAUGUACAACUCUGAUUUAAUUUACCGUUGCCCUCCCAACGCGCUGCAGUCAUAAGAUCUGUGGCGUCUUUAGAAUUCUUAGCAUUGUUGUGACCUUUCACUCUGGAAGCCUUACAUGAUGUAGGUGUGACUCAUCCCUGUGUGGAGGCCGGUACCUCGCGAACAACACUUUGCCAACUUGUGUGUUUAAGUGUGUGUUUUGGUGUUACCUCGUCACCUCUAAUUCUACGUUCUCCCCUGAAGAACAGUAAUGAAAAGAUUUCUUUGAA